GCUGAGUUUAAAUAACUCAGCUCCGAGCUCAGCCCACAGCGUCUCGAGCGAAAGGUUGAACAAGGAACGAGACGCAGCAGCAGUGCACCGACCAGCCGGAACGCUUCCGAAGGCUGUCCCAGAAAGGUAUUCCCGAGUGAGAAACUGACAUCAGCGAACACAGCUGACAAGACCGACCUCAAGCGAGGCUCAACGACGAUGGCGCUUUCCCCGGACACCGUGAAGGCCGUCACGAAAGUGUCGGGGCUCAACGUGUGGAGGGUCGAGAACAUGGCCCUCGUGCCGGUGCCACCAAAAGCCUUCGGAAACUUCUUCGAGGGCGACUGCUACGUCCUGCUGAACGUGCUGAAGUCUCCGAGCGGCGCGACGCUGGACGUGCACUACUGGCUGGGCGGGGAGUCGACGCAGGACGAGCAGGGCGCCGCCGCCAUCCUGUGCACCCAGUUGGACGAGCAGCUCGGGGGGGCGGCCGUGCAGCGGCGCGAGGUGCAGGGCAGCGAGUCCGACACCUUCAAGGGCUACUUCAAGUCCGGCGUCAUAUACAAGAAAGGAGGCAUUGCAUCCGGCUUCAAGCACGUGGAGAGCAACACCUACAACGUGAAACGGCUUCUGCACGUCAAGGGCAAGAAGAACGUGACGGCCAGCGAGGUGGAGCUGUCGUGGGACAGCUUCAACACGAGCGACGUCUUCCUGCUCGACAUCGGCAAAGUCAUCGUCCAGUGGAAUGGCGCCGGGAGCAACCGCAUGGAGCGCCUCAAGGGCAUGAAGCUGGCGAUGGACGUGCGCGACCGCGAGCGCGGUGGCCGCAGCCAGAUCGGCGUGGUGGAGGGCGACCGCGAGGAGGAGAGCCCCGACCUCGUCGCCGCCAUGGUCGGGAUCCUGGGCCCCCGCAAGGGGCCCCUCCCCGAGGGGGCUCCCGACGACCGCGCCGACCAGCACCAGAAGUCCAACGUGAAGCUCUACCACGUGUCCGACUCGGAGGGCAGCCUCGUGGUUCAGGAGGUCGCGACGAGACCCCUCACCCAGGACCUCCUGAUGCACGAUGACUGUUACAUCUUGGACCAGGGCGGUUCCAAAAUCUUCGUGUGGAAGGGGAAAGGAGCGACCAAAACGGAGAAGAAGGAGGCCAUGAGCCGUGCACUGGGCUUCAUCAAGGCCAAGGGAUAUCCGUCCUCGACCGGCGUCGAACUGGUGAACGACGGUGCCGAGUCGGCCGUCUUCAAGCAGCUCUUCCAGAAGUGGAGCGUGCCGGGGCAGACCGUGGGCCUGGGCAAGGCCUACAACGCCGGCAAAAUCGCCAAGGUGGAGGACGGCAAGUUCGACGCGACGCUGCUGCACGCGCGGCCGGACAUCGCGGCCCAGGAGCGCAUGGUGGACGACGCGUCCGGCGACGUGGAGGUUUACCGCAUCGAGAACCUGGAGCUGCAGCCGGUGGAGAAGAAGUUCCACGGGCAGUUCUACGGCGGGGACUGCUACCUGGUGCUCUACACCUACCUGAAGGCCAACAAGCCCUCCCACCUCAUCUACAUGUGGCAGGGCCGGCACGCAUCCCGCGACGAGGUGACGGCUUCGGCCUACCAGGCGGUGGAGCUGGACCGCCGCUACGGCGGUGAGCCCACGCAGGUGCGCGUCACCAUGGGCAAGGAGCCGCGUCACUUCCUCGCCAUCUUCCGCGGGCCCGUGGUCAUCUUCGAGGGCGGCACAUCCCGCAAGGGCGGCCAGGAGCUCGAGCGAGCCACCAGGCUCUUCCAGGUGCGAGGGACAGGCAGCCACAACACCAAGGCCAUCGAGGUGCCGGCCUGCGCCGGGUCGCUCAACUCCAACGACGUCUUCGUGCUCCAGCAGCCCAACCACUGUGACGUGUGGUGCGGCAAGGGCUGCAGCGGCGACGAGCGCGAGCUGGGCAAGUCGGUGGCCGGGCUGCUGACCCGCGGGGACAAGGUCACCGUGCUGGAGGGCCAGGAGCCCGUCGACUUCUGGCUGGCCAUCGGCGGCAAGGCGGCCUACGCCAGCGACAAGCGCUUGCAGGAGGAGGCGACGGACUUCAUGCCGCGCCUCUUCGAGUGCUCCACGCAGAGCGGCCGCUUCUUCGUCACCGAGGUGGCCGGCUUCACGCAGGACGACCUGGACGAGGAUGACGUCAUGCUGCUGGACGCCGGCGAAGAGCUCUUCCUGUGGCUGGGCAGCGGAGCGAGCGAGAAGGAGCGCGUGGAGUCGGCCGCCACGGCGAGGGAGUUCCUCAAGUCUCACCCGUCGCAACGGGACCCCGACACCCCCGUGGUGACCGUCAAGCAGGGCUUCGAGCCGCCCACCUUCACCGGGUGGUUCAUGGCCUGGGACCACCUCAAGUGGAAGAGCGCCAAGUCUUACGAAGAUCUCAAGCUGGAGCUCGGGGAUGUGACGGGGAUCUCCCAGAUCACUGUGGACAUGAACAACAAGGCGAGCGUCGGGGGUCAAAGCAAGCCGGGCGGCGGAAGCGGCAAGGCGGCAGCAGCCACCGCCGGCGGUGGCGGCAAAGUCGCCGGCGCCAAGGCGUCCUCGGGGAGCAAGUUGCCGGGAGUCGGAGCGCCGGGGCUCCAGCCGCAAGGCUACAAGAGCGCCGCGGACGAGAAGGCCUCCGCCAAGGUCGCCGGCGUCGGCGGCGGCGGAGGGGGCGGUGCUACCCAGAAUUCCGUGGGAGGCGCGAGGCAGACGACGAGCGCCGGUGCGGGGACCGGAGCCGGAGCCGGCGGGGCGGUGGCAGCUCAACCAGACCAAAGCGGGGGUCACCAGCCCGGCGGGAAUGAGGUGGACGGCGCCCACUCAGGGCCCUACCCCCCGGAGUGCCUCGUGAACGUCGCGACGGAGGAUCUGCCGCCUGGCGUGGACCCCAGCAAGAAAGAGGUCUACCUCGGCAGCGAGGACUUCGAGAGGAUCUUUGAAAUGUCUCCAUCGCAGUUCGCCGGCCUGCCCCAGUGGAGGCAGAAAGAGCUGAAGAAAGCCAAGGGCCUCUUCUGAUGAGAGCGCAGCGGCACGGCAGAAGCACCUGGGGCGUCAUCUCAUCUCAUCCCCCCUCACCCCCCUACCCUCCCCCCCCGGCUGCAAUCUUAGCCAAUGGGAGGCCACCUUUCUCCCCCCAGUGGUAGUUGUUCCUGGCAGUAGGAGGGGAGGGUCGAUGUUACUCUCCCGUUCGUGUGUGUGGGAAGCGGUUAGCGCUACGCUGCGCUACGAACCCGGCGACCCGGGUUCGAUUGCCGCUCACGGCCAACACCGGUGACAAUUAUCCGGUCCUGGGCCUCCCCUGGGUCGACUCAGCCUCAAAUGAGUACCCGGUGCGAUGCGUAAACAUCGCCACUGGGGAGACAAAGGCGGCCGGGCGUGGUGCUGGCCAACCACACCCUUGUGUGCCGUUUCGGCCUUCGUAGGUGCUACUCGCUAACAGCCCUUGCCCCAACAGUCUGUGUACAGGCUACACGGGGGAUCUUUGUCUUUGUGCUUGUACGUGCUGUUUUUUUUUGUUUUUCAUCCCAAUUAAAUUUUUACCAAAUUUGGAACAUUAUGGACCAUGGUCUUCCGCGUGGUUGGCUCGCAGCCGUUUUCGAGCGCUGACAACGAGAGUUUACGCGGGGCGAAAAACAACGGGAUAAUUGAAAAUAAUAACGAUGUUUUUGCUCACUUUAGUUUUCCUGACGCCUGCUGUAUAUUUGGAGUUUGCGUGUGUCUCUCUCAUCAUCAUCACGGUGGCUAGGAGACGUUAACUAUCUCGCCUGGUAUACAGGAGGUCGUGGGUUCGAUCCCGACCCUGACGCCUGCUGCUGUAUAUUUGGAGAGGAAUAUUGGCAUUCCGGCCGUCCUUCCGCAGAAAAUAACGAUCUUUACAAUAAGCGGCCUUCACGGAUUAUCAUGACGCGUCGCACCUCGGCAGCGUUGCCCCCGACUUCCCUUACAACGGCGACGCUUCGCAAGACAGGCAACGCCUGAGUUCGAGUUAAUUUUGAUCCGUUGCGCCAGCGUUUCCUCCGCUAAUUCCCAGAGGUGAUGGCCCGCUUUCGCCGAUAAGACAAAGUCAGCGCGCGAGGCCACGCCACGCCAUCUGACACCAUUUGGUUCGUCGGCUUUCAACGCGCAGGCUUUCGCCACCAAUAUUUUCCCGUGGUGACCGUUGUGGGGCUUAACUCUCCAACGCUCAACCCGUGUGCGCCGAAGUAGGAACUCAUUGGCGCGUUUUGUGCUACGUGCCAAACCUUGCUGUUUGGCUGCGGCGGGUUUAAGGACGCGUUUUUAUUUACGAGAUCUAACCCAAAAACUCUCAUGAAAACCAUUGUUGUGGUUUGACAGUAGCACGACGAUGAUGAUGAUGGGGUGUUGUCACUGUUUGUGUGUGGUCGUGGGGGGGGGGGGGGGGCACGUCAGGGGCCGCACUAAAGGCCACCAGGGAGACCGUCAGUGGCCCCGUGGGGGCCUUGCAGUGAAGGCCCACAGCGUCACGCGGAUGGCACUUCCCGUUGAGCCGGUCGUUGCCGCGGCUGUCUUGCACGAGAGGUGCACGGCGUUGCUUGAGCCACGGAGACAUCAACAACAACAACAGCGGAGACAACAACAAAGACAACAACAACAACAAACACAACAACAACAGAGACAAAAAAAUAACAACAGACACAACAACUACGGAGACAAAAGCCACAGAGAUAACAACAAGUGACAACAACAACAGAGAAAACAACAACAGAGACAACAACAAAAACAACAACAGAGACAAAAAAACAACAACAGACAACAACAACAGAGACAACAACAACAUACACAACAACAGAGACAAAAAAACAACAACAACAGACACAACAACAACGGAUACAAAAGCAACAGAGAUAACAACAAGAGACAAAACAAUCAUUGGAAAGAUGUGAUUAACCAUGCAAAAAAGAUUUAACUACACUUAGUUGGCCAAUUUUAUUUGACAGACUUAGGGCAGGUUUACCAUGUUUAGCAGAGGUGGGACAAAGUCAUUGUUAUGCAAGUCCAAGUCGAGUCUCAAGUCAUCAAAUUCAUGACUCGAGUCUGACUCGAGUCCAAGUCACAUGACUCGAGUCCACACCUCAGAGGUGGGACAAAGUCAUUGUUAUGCAAGUCCAAGUCGAGUCUCAAGUCAUCAAAUUCAUGACUCGAGUCUGACUCGAGUCCAAGUCACAUGACUCGAGUCCACACCUCUGAUGUUUAGUGGUUGUCUCCUUGUCACAGGUUGAGUCACAAACCGUACCUCUCCAUAACAAAGGCUCACCCUCUUAAGCCUCACCUUACCAUAUGAAUAAAAAGUGUGCUGUACGUGCCCCCCCCCUCUCCAACCAUUAUAUAAACGGAGUGGUAGCUCCUGCAAUCUCUCAUUUACUUGAUACAGCUGUCGUGGCUGUGACGGUUCCACCUGAAGACGGAAGCUUGUGUUGCCUCCGAAACGUCGUGAUUUUAAUUUUCUUUUUCUUUUAUUAAUUUUAAUGUUUUACCUACGUGACUUUACCGAAAAAACCUAAGAACACAGACAAAACAACCACAGAGAUGACAACAGCGACAAAAAACGACAACAUAGACAAUAACAACAACAACAAGAAGAAUGUCAACCGCCUCACUGCCCUCUUCAAGGGAUAACGCACAAGACGAGAGAGGCGUUGAAACGGUGGUUGGAGGAAACGCACGCAAAUCUUAGAAGACGCAGCGAGAGACACCAGGAAAAGGGUUCGCAAGUGCAAAUUUUUGCCGUGUGGCUUGGUGUUGCCGUGUGGCUAGGUACAGGUGUAGUAUGAGUAGAGACUCCUGACUCUAUAGGAGAUACGACUGACUCUAUUGUAUGUAGGGUGUGUAGGCAUAUAUGCCUUCAAAUUGUAUUUAUUUUUUGUUUGGGGAGGUCGACAAUUGUUGUAGACCUGUUGAAUCAACUUUUUUACCCCCACUUCUGGGAGGGAGGGGAGUGCACUCUCUAACUUUUUGAUUCAGGCCUUCUGAAACAUCUCAUUAUUUCAUUGACGGACAAAACAGAACGCCGGGCUUUUAUAAUGGAUUUGGACCACGACAUGAAAAACAAGAAUGGGCUUUAUCCUUUCGGGCAAAUGAAAUCAGGAGGUGAAGAAACGAUAUCAAUUUGAUGUAGCUGCCUACCCAGAGCUAUAAAUGCUCUGAUACGUGCAUUGUCUUAGGAACUGCUCGCCUUUUAGCAACCUCUGGUCUGACACUGUUGAAACUAGGCCCCUAAAGAAGGCAGUCUCUGCUGUAGGCCAAUACGUUUCUAAGACAAUGCAGAUAUUAUCAGAGCCAUGUUUGUUUGCAUGUUCACCACAAGUACGUCUGUGUGUGGUUAACGCAAUACUUGAUUCCUUACAAAAGGUUUAUUUUUGGUCUUUAGACAUCUGAACACAACUCCUGUUUUGUUGCCGGAAAUGGGCCAUCCAUUUAGUACGCAAACAUCUGCCAAAACUUGACCCCUCCCCCCCUCCCUGUACGCACACGGACUUUUUACUUCCCGCCCACCUGCGUACGUACGCUUGAUGCACACACCCCCCCCCCCCGAAUCGAUUCGAACGGCCGAUAUUUAAUCAGAAACGAUCAAGGAUUAACAAUAUUGACGUGUUUCAGCAAACAGAUAGUCCACCACCGGACUAUCUAACUCAUUUGAAGGCCAAUGUAGACAAACAUUAUUAUCGAGGAUUCACCCCCCUCUCCCGUUUCCUAUGCGUACAUUGUCAGUAGACCCCCUAUACGCAAGCGAACGCAUUUGGGUUAACCCCGCCUCCCCCCUCCAUGCGUACGUACUAAAUGGAUGGCCCCAAAGGGGAUAAAACCUCUUCUUAGUUUUCAUACUUUGAUACCGGCAACAAAAAAAAGGUCCCAUGGUUGGACCACGACGCCGGCUCUUUUUGCAGAUCUGGUCCACGGGGAUCUUGAAAAAUAAAACAUCGUCAAUGGCUAAACGGGACGGCGCGGGGUUUGCGGUAUUUACUAGGGCAGCCGCCUGGGGUGCGAACCACGCACAGACCUCUGCAACAAGCGCCACACGUGACCCCGACCGAAUCGACUCCCGUCUUUCUCUCUCUCUCUCUGUAAACUUCAGUUUAUAUUUUUUUCUCAACUGUAACAGUUGGGGGCAAAACUCAACAAUUGCUUUGCUCUCAGCGACAGCGUUGUGUAAGAAGAGAGGGGGGGACAUUUUUUGAGAACCAUCCCCAAAAGGCCCAGGUCACGAGCCACUGCCACACACAACUCCAAACUUGAUAAUUCUUUUCUUACCCUUCUAUAUGGCAACAAAACUGACACCUUUUUACAAGGAGUCAUGUUUGCAUAGACCACAAUACCUGCAGUCAUAAUACAAACAAAAAACAUAACUCUGAUAAUGUAUGCACUGUCCUUGAAGUUGAUUGGUCCACACCCGAGACAGCUUUCCUUAGAGCCUAGUCUCACAUGGGUUGGACCAGAUGACGCCAAAAGGCGCACAACUCAAAGACAAUGCACCAUCAGAGUAUGAGAGCUCGGGGCAAGCAUCUACACUAUGGGAACCUCAUUUGCCAGUACAAAUAUGAUAAUUGUUUUUUUACGCUUCGAUCUAACUCCAAACUUGUUGCCUCUCGAGAAAUGUACGUGUCGCCCCCCCCUUCCCUCGUCACUUACUUACAACGGAUGUUAAUAAAAUGCAGAAAAAUC